CCUGUUUGGGUUGCAAGCGGACAUGAAUCGAUGAACUCUUCUUCUGUCUACAUGUAUCACUAUUUUGUCUAAACAAGGGAACACACACACCACAGAAAUGUCGGAAACGGGGAACAGACUUCGCAAACUGCUCGAAUCGCAGAAUUUCGACCCGCAAAAUUACGUGAAGCAGCUGUCCCAGCAGUCCGAUGGAGACAGAGACCUGCAGGAACACCGUCAAAAGAUCCAAAACCUGGCCGACGAAACGGCUCAAAACCUGAAGAAAAAUGUCUACAAGAACUACAGACAGUUCAUUGAAACUGCUAAAGAGAUAUCCUACUUGGAGAGCGAGAUGUACCAGCUGAGCCACAUCCUGACCGAGCAGAAGAGCAUCAUGGAGAGCAUCACUCAGGCCUUGAUAUCCACAGAUAAGGAUGAGACCUCUAAAGAGAUGCAGGCUGCUUUCCCCAAAGAGACAGAGGAGCUGAAGCAGAGGACACUCACCUCCCUGCUGGAGAAAGUUGAAGGGGGUAAAAACAUCAUGGACACCCCAGGGAGGCACCUUGUCUACAAUGGUGACCUUGUUGAGUUUGAUGUUGACAACAUGUCCCCCAUCCAGAAGGUGCACGCUUUCCUCAUGAACGACUGUCUGCUAAUCGCCACCUGGCUGCCCAACCGCAGGGGAACCGUGAAGUAUAAAUACAACGCCCUGUACGACCUGGAGAGCUUCGCUGUGGUCAACGUGAAGGACAACCCUCCCAUGAAGGACAUGUUCAAGAUCCUCAUGUUCCCCGACAGUCGCAUCUUCCAGGCGGAGAACAGCAAGAUCAAGAAGGAGUGGCUGGAGAUCCUGGACGAAACCAAGAAGAACAAGGUCACCAAGGACAGGCACAAGAAGGAGGAGGAGGUCCCUGUGUCUCCUGUGAGGGCCGAGGUGUCCACCAAUCCUUUCGACCAGGAGGAAGAACAGCAGCCAGCAGGGGAGGCAGAGGAAAGCGUGGACCUCAGCCUCGAGUGGAUCCAGGAGCUGCCCGAGGAUCUGGACGUCUGCAUCGCCCAGAGAGACUUCGAGGGCGCCGUGGACCUGGUGGACAAACUCAACGAGUAUCUGAAGGAGCAGCCGGUCAACCAGAGGGUCAAAGAGCUGCGGCUGAAGGUGGAGGAGCGGCUGCGCCAGCUGACCGAGGUCCUGGUGUUCGAGCUGUCUCCAGAUCGGUCCCUUCGGGGGGGGCCUAAAGCCACCAGGAGGGCCGUGUGCCAGCUGAUCAGACUAGGCCAGUCCACUAAGGCCUGCGAGUUGUUCCUGAAGAACCGAGCUGCGGCGGUGCAGACGGCCAUCCGGCAGCUGCGUAUAGAAGGAGCCACGCUGCUCUACAUCCACAAACUCUGCAACAUCUUCUUCACCAGCCUGCUGGAGACGGCCAAGGAGUUCGAGAUGGACUUUGCCGGGAACACGGGCUGCUACUCCGCCUUCGUGGUCUGGUCCAAAACCACCAUGAGGAUGUUUGUGGACGCCUUCAGCAAGCAGGUGUUCGACAGUAAGGAGAGCCUGUCCACAGCAGCAGAGUGUGUUAAAAAGGCGAAGGAGCACUGCCAGCAGCUGACGGAGAUCGGCCUGGACCUGACCUUCACGCUGCAGUCGCUGCUGGUCAAAGACAUCAAGGCGGCGCUGCAGAGCUACAACGACAUCAUCAUCGAGGCCACCAAGCACCGAAACUCUGAGGAGAUGUGGAGGAAGAUGAACCUCAUGACCCCCGAGGCUCUGACUAAACUCAAGGUGGGUUUGGAUUAAACUCGUUUUUCUUGU